CAUGGCUGCUCCAGAAUUAAAAAAUGAAUUGGAUUUAGAUUUAGGAAAUUUAGACUUAACUUCUGAUGAGUAUCUAUUAGAUGAAAUAGAUGUAUAUAUUCAAGAGAACUUGGAGGAUCCAAUUGUAAAAGAGGCCCUUGAAAAGGGCCUCGAUCUUCGGCAUUAUUCAAAGCAAGUUGAGACGGAAUUAUUGGAAGUAGAGAACAAUUCCAUUCAAGACUAUAUUAAGGAGAGCAAAAACAUAGCAAAACUUCACAAGCAAAUGACAAACUGCGACUCGAUUCUUGAACGAAUGGAAGGUAUGCUCAACGGAUUUCAAACUGAUUUGAGUUCCAUAAGUUCAGAAAUUCAAAAACUUCAAAGACAAAGUGUUGAAAUGAAUGUUAAACUAAAGAAUAGACAAUCCGUACGAGGUGAAUUAAGCCAAUUUGUGGAUGAGAUGGUUAUACCGAAAAAAAUGAUUGAACAUAUUUUGGAAACUCCAGUUACUGAAAGAGAGUUUCAAGAAAAUCUAAUGGAACUUAAUCAUAAAAUAAAUUUUGUGAAAGAACAAUCUUUUAAGGAUGCUAAGUCAUGUUUAGAUGUUAAGGAUACUCUUGAAAAGCUAAAAAUAAAGGCAAUAAGUAAAAUUAGAGAAUUCCUCCUAUCUAAAGUUUAUCAGUUCAAGAAACCUUUAACUAAUUAUCAAAUACCUCAAGAUGCUCUACUAAAGUUUAGAUUUUUCAACGAAUUCCUAAUUGCCAAUGAAAGAGCAGUGGCAAAAGAAAUAAGGGAUGAGUACAUUGACACCAUGAGCAAAAUUUACUACUCUUAUUUCAAGGGAUACUCUACUAGAAUUAUGAAAUUACAGCCCAUUCUCAAAAAUCGAUCAACAAUUUUCACUUUGGGAAAUCGAGGAAGUGUUCUGACUUCUGAGCUAGAAGCUUCAAUUAUUGUACCGCACGCUGCUAAGACGACUGAUCAGCGAUAUUCUUUCGAAAGUUUGUUUAGAUCUCAGCAUUAUGCCUUGGUAGACAAUGGCUGUAGAGAAUAUUUAUUUCUAUCUGAAUUCUUUUGCGUGUCCGGAAAUUCUGCUCAGGAUCUAUUUAAUGCUGUUAUGCAUAAAACAGUUUCAAUGUUUUACAAACAAACUGAAUCUUACAUUAUGGAAAGUUAUGAUUCUAUAGCUAUGUUUCUCUGUAUACAUAUUAUUCUAAGAUAUCAGGUUUUAAUGCAUAAAAGGAGUACACCAGCUUUAAAUAAGUAUUGGGAUUCUCUCUUACACCUUCUAUGGCCGCGUUUUGAGUUCAUUUUACAAAUGAAUAUUCAUAGUGUCAGAGAAUGUGACCCCGCAAGACUUAGAAAUAUCGAUGAACGACCUCAUUAUAUAACUAGAAGAUAUGCUGAGUUUUCAGCAGCGAUUGUCGGAUUAAAUGAGUCAUUCCCGUCGGAAAGAGUUGAAAAAUUGUUGGCGGGCCUACAGGCUGAAGUAGAAAAUUUUAUAUUACGGAUGGCAGCAGAAUUUCCAGACAGGAGAGAACAAUUAGUUUUUCUUAUCAAUAAUUACGAUAUGAUGCUCUCAGUGAUUCUAGAGAGAACAACGGAUGAUUCGAAAGAGAGUGAGACCUUUAAGCAACAAUUAGCAGCUCGCACUCACGAGUACAUAGAAGAAACUCUUAUGCCACAUUUUGGGGGUAUGAUUAUGUUUGUGAAAGAGGCAGAAGAUAUAGUAGAAAGAGGAGGAUCGGAUGGUUUAAAACAGCAGGAAGCAAGAAUUAAUCAGAUAGUUAGAGGAUUCAAUACUGAUUGGAAAAGAGCUAUAGAAUCUAUUAAUAGUCAAAUUAUGAAAUCGUUUACAAACUUUAAGAAUGGUACUCAAAUUCUACAGGGUACACUAACGCAAAUGGUGCAAUAUUAUGUUCGUUUUCAUAAAAUAUUAGGAACAGGAAUGCUUAAAGCUCUUGGAAUUCAUAAGGAACUGCUUAAUAUUCAUCAAGUAAUGGUUGAAGUUAAAAAACAUAAGCCUGUUUUUUAA